CCUCCUUUCCCUCCUUCCACUCCGCUCUCCCCCUCAUCUCAUGUCAGCUUCACAGAUCCCCAAUCUCAACACCUUACGUCGCGGCGGCGCUCGUCUUCGCGGUCGCGGCCGUGGCGGAGGCGAGUUAGGUUCUGAUGCUCCCUCUCGACGAGGAGGCUCCAGCACCAAAGACCGAGUGGUACAAGGCACAGACAAUGACGCCAGCGUCUCUCGUCUCAGUGCCGUGAACCUAGGCUAUCUCGACGACCCAUUUGCAUCAGCCUUGACCCCUCCAGGCCAAGAAACCCGACGCCUGCCCAUCAUCAAUCGAGGCACCUACGUCCGCACCACAACAAUCGACCACCUGCUCACGCAAUUCCUCCACCCUUCCACAACCCCCCAUCGACCAGACACAGACACCCCCCAACGAACCCCCACAACACCAACAAAGUCCACCAUCCCCACCCUCCUCCGACCAAAGCCAAAACAAAUCAUCUCCCUCGGCGCCGGCUCCGACACCCGCAUCUUCCGCCUCCUCGCCCAGACCCAGACCCAGACCCAGACCCAACCCCACCCCGAACAAACAAUCAUCUACCACGAACUCGACUUCCCCAGCAACACCGCCUCCAAAAUCCGGGCCAUCCGCGCCGUCCCCCACCUGCAGCGCGCGUUAGGCGACCCGCAAACCGUCACUAUCUCCCCCGCCGCCGACGCCCUGCAUACCCCGCACUACCACCUCCACCCGAUCGAUCUCCGCCAGCUGGCUGCUUUAGCGUCAUCACCACCUUCGAGGAAGGGGGAUCUAGGGAAUGAGGGCGCGGACCUCCGACUGGACACCCUCCUCCCGGGCCUCGACCCGACUCUGCCGACGGUGUUGAUUUCCGAAUGCUGUCUGAUUUAUUUGGAGCCCGAGGAGGCGCGGCGGGUGGUCGAGUUCUUUGUUGGGGUUUUCGAUGCUUCCGUCGGUGAAGGAAAAGCUGAAGCUGGAGCUGGAGCUGGGUCUGGGGCUGGAGCAGACGGCCCGCCCCCAACCCCCCCGCUGGGCAUCAUCCUCUACGAGCCGAUCCGGCCGGACGACGCGUUCGGGCGCACGAUGGUGGCCAACCUGGCGACGCGCGGCAUCCAGCUGCAGACGCUGCACCGGUACGCGAGCCUGGCGGCGCAGCGGGCGCGGCUGCGGGCGCACGGGUUCGUGGACGGGCAGGCGGCGGCGGAUGUGGAUUUCCUGUGGGAGCGGUGGGUGGCGGAGGGGGAGAAGGAGCGCGUGGCCGGGCUGGAGAUGUUGGAUGAGAUGGAGGAGUGGCGGUUGUUGGCGCGGCAUUAUUGCGUGGCGUGGGGGUGGAGGGAGGGUGGAGGACGGCAGCAGCACGUGUUUGAGGGGUGGAGGGGGUUGGAGGGGCAGCAGGACGAGGAUUAAUCCUGAGGUUAGCUGGAUGGGUCGUCAAGUUAGGUAUAAGUAGGUAUGGAGCUCAGGCGAAGCUGCAAGGGGUUUGUGUGAGCUGUGCUGUGGAUGUGUUUGACUGAGAUGCACUGCACCGCAUUCUACGUUGCUGGAGGCAUUACCUCCCCUGAUAUGACUAGGUCACCGUCACUUAACUGCAGUGCAAUCCACGAUGUACAGUACCUACUAUAUUCCAGCCCAGCUAUAUAUAAACACCAAUCAACCAUCUUACCCCCAACCCUAACCCCAGGUCCCGACCGAUUAGAAGACUACAACUUCCCCCUCUCCAAGAACCGCACCGGCAAAUCCACAAACCGCGCCCGCAGGAACUCGGCGACAUUCUUCCCCAAAAAGUCCACCGUCACCGUCGCGCACACCCCGCGAUCCAACAGGUUCCUAAACAGGAAAUGCACCGCCCGGAGAUUAGGCAGCUCGAACCGCUCCACCCG